AUGUUGACCCUCUAUGUCCUUGUCGCUGUCACCUGUGUGCUGGUGGUCAAGUACCUACGUCACUUCCUGGAGCACAGACGGACAUACAGCCAGCUGCCGGGGGACAAUGACCUUCACUGGCUGCUCGGGAACUUGCACAAGUUCCCGGGUCUGCGGGAAGAAGGACGAGAGUUUGACUACGAGAACGCCAGAACCUACAAGUACUUCCACCGGGUCUGGUUCCCGGGUCUGCGGGAAGAAGGACGAGAGUUUGACUACGAGAACGCCAGAACCUACAAGUACUUCCACCGGGUCUGGGAAUCAUUGCGACUUUCCUUCCUUGCAGCGUCCAAACCCCGGAGGUUGGGCCUCCUGGCCUCCAGCUAUGACAUGGGCGUGCGCUGGUUGGGCGAGGGCUUGAUUCUCACCAACGGGGCUCGCUGGAGCCGCAACCGUCGUCUGCUCACUCCGGCCUUCCAUUUUGACAUCUUGAAGAACUACGUGAAGACAUACCAUGACUUCGCCAUUUUGCUUCAGGAGAACAUGCUCAAGGCAGCCAAAGAAGGGAAAAGCUUCGACCUCCAACCUCUCGUGAACAAGUACACCCUCGAUGUCAUUCUUCGCUGUGCGUUUUCCUACAAUUCAAACUGCCAGGUCGAGGACAGCGAGUACACCACAGCGAUCUCCGAGCUCCAGAACCGAUGGGCACAUAGGACUCUCAAGCCCCUCCUGUACCUGGAGUCCAUCUACCUACUGACGUCAGAGGGCCGGCGGUUCUACCAGCUGUGUGACGUAGCACAUCGUCAGGCCGAGCGCGUCAUCGCCAGCAGACAGCGAGAGAUGGGUGGCGAGGUGUUAUUUAAUGCCAGGAAACUGUGCGGGUCAAAGAAAGAUGGAUAUCCACCAUCAUGCCCAUCCUUUCACCUCUUUCUCACCACCCGCCCACCACCCAUCAAACUACUAUCCAUCAUACCACUAUCCUACCACCAUCCUCCCAUCUCCCUCUCACCACCCUCUCACCACCCUCGCCUCUCACCAUUCUACCAUCAUCCUCUCACCACCCUCUCACCAUUCUUUCAGGCUGCUAACCCGGCAGCGACCAGCACCAGAAAAGCGCGGGAUUUCCUGGACACUCUGCUCACAGCGCGGGACGAGGAAGGCAAGGGACUGACCCCGCUGGAGAUCAGGGAUGAGGUGGACACCUUCAUGUUUGCUGGCCACGACACAACGGCCAGUGGCAUCAUGUGGACCCUGAUCUCCCUCUCUCAACACCCUGACUACCAGGACCAGGUCUACAGGGAAGUCAAAGCUGUCUUGGGGGACAGGAAGGAGCUGCACUGGGAGGACCUGGGCAAGCUACAGUUCACCGGCCAGUGCAUCAAGGAAGCUCUGAGACUCCACAGCGCCGUGCCCAUCAUAGAGAGAGUGAGCACGGAGGAUGUGUGGCUCAACCAUCACAGGAUUCCCGCAGGUAUCAGGGGUGAGGGGCGUUUCCAACUCCGCGCUGACCCAGACCGCCCCGCCACUCAUGAGAUCAGCGUGACCAUGAAGGCUGCAGAAGGAGCCUACAUCUGCGCCACACCGCGCCUACAACAGGACACACUGAGCCUACCACAGGACACACUGCGGCUACCAAAGGAUGUCAGCACCACACCGCAGCUACCAAAGGAUGUCUGCACCACACCACGGCUACGACUACGACAGAGGGAAACCAGUCUAACGUCUGCAUGA